CACAUCAGCCAAUGAUCCAAUCUUCUUCUUGCAUCACUGCUUCGUCGAUUUCAUCUGGGAGAUGUGGAGACAGAGCCGUCAAAACAGAUUCGCCCGCGAAAAGGCUUACCCACCAGAUAUCGGUACUUGCGCAAAUUCCCAACACUUCAGUUAUGCUCAAAUGAGACCUUGGGAUAAGCAAAAUCGUGAUGGACUUGCAAACGAGUACACCGACAAUCUGUAUCGAUAUGCACCAAGACCAACUUGCACAAGGCAGAAUCCAAACUGCGGUUCACCUUAUCUUUUUUGCGACACUCGUGGAAACCCUCAUUGCGUGGCCAAGAUAAAACCGAAUGGUCUUUGCCGUGGUUUCGAAGGCUUUGAUGCGUGCUGGCAAGGAGCCUGUAUCUCUAGUUGGUGUCGACCAGGACGAGCACCACAACUUGCCGAGCAGCCGCAGACGACGACCGCCCUGCAGAAUUUGCAGCAGCGAAAUACUUUGCAACCUAUUCAGCCAGUUCAGCCACUUCAGACAGUUCAGCCAAGCACUCCUCGUCCACAACCAACUCCUGUGGUUCCAAUCAAUACAGUCGCAAAUAGCAACUGCUACAAUGAUGAUCCAUGCUGUGAUUUAUGGGCACAGCAAGGUGAAUGCAGGAUGAAUGUGGCCUACAUGAAUAGGUACUGUCGAAGGAGCUGCAGAAUCUGUUCAAAUCCAACUGACAACAGAAUGGGCUGCCAUGACCGACAUAUCUCCUGCGCAUUCUGGCGAGCACAGAACUACUGCACUCGAAGACGUCAGUGGAUGUCUGAGAACUGUCAGGCUUCCUGUGGAUGGUGCGCCAUGAGCCGUCAACAAUUGUGCGCUUCCGUGGCCUUCAUGAGCAGAAUGUAAAAUUGAACUUCUCCUUGCAAUUAUUGGCUCUUCUCCCUUAAUGGGACCACACUGCCGCACUACUAUUUAUGCAUGAGCACGUCUUUCCCUAUAGUCGUUCACACUGCCCAGCCGUCUGAAGAUUGGUUGUGUGCCGGGCAUGUUGGAGUCAAGAUCGCGGUUAUUUUCCGUAGUUUCACGGUAUUUGAUACUCUGGUGGCACAAGCUCAAUAGUUCGCAUCGUUCUCCAAUUGCUAGUGGUUCUAGACCUCGUCCUACGUCAGCACAAAAAAAUUUCCAGACGAAAUUGCACGUGCAUCACCUGCGCUUCACAUUCUGAUUUUAUUCUCACCCCGUUCGGGUAGAUAUUUCUUGCUGAUUCCGAACGUUAUCCAAUCAGAAUCUUUCCGUUUGAUUCUCUAGUCGUACCG